AUGGAUCUCACGGUGGUCAUCAUUCCUCCCUCCGCACCUCACACGCAUACGGUCAUCUUCUUACAUGGGCGCGGAGACAGCGCCAAAAGUUGCGCUUCAUCGUUGUCUUACUCAAGGGACUCAAGCAGGCGCAGUCUCUCAGAGAUAUUCCCCUCCUUCCGCUGGGUGUUCCCCCAGACCAAGAUGCGGGAGUGCGAAGCCUUUCCUCGCCACAAAAUGUCCCAGUGGUUCGAUAUAUGGAACGUGAGCGACUUCUCACAGCAUGAGGAGCUGCAAGCGACGGGUUUAAGGGAGAGCGUUGCCAGUAUAAGGCGCCUCCUCGUGAGCGAGGCUACCAUAUUAGGCGGACAAUGGGAUCACCUUGUGCUGGCUGGUAUUAGUCAAGGUGCUGCGACGAGCGUGCAUACGUUACUGAAUCUCGGUUUGCCGCCGGCUGCGGAAGCUCUGGAGGAUCAACAGGUGCCUUGUGCACUCGGUGCCUUUCUUGGGUUUUCGUGUAGGAUGCCUUUCCCCGGGAGAUCGCUCGCUGAGACCAGGAACGUACUAAGCGUGGAGGCCCCCCGGGACAAUAACGAAGUCCUGGACAUCGAUGAGAUCCUACGCAACACGCCUAUGUUGCUUGAACACCGCGUCGAUGAUGCACUCGUUCCUGUAGAAAGCGGCCGGGGCUUGCGAGAUACGUUGCGGGGGUUUGGGGCCCAAGUGACGUGGAAGGAAUACCGUAAUGGAGGACACUGGUUCAACUCGCCGGCCGGGAUAGAUAAUGCUGUGGAGUUUCUGAACAACCACGUUCUUAAGAAGCUGAAUGCUGGGGAAAUAUUAUCGAGCCAAUUCCAUGGUCUGUCUCUAGCUUGA